AUGUGCUGGCUGCGGGCCUGGGGCCAAAUUCUCCUGCCAGUUUUCCUCUCUCUCCUUCUCAUCCAACUGCUUAUCAGCUUCUCAGAGAAGGGUUUUUCUCAAAUCUCCAGACACAAGGGCAAGCAGAGACCAAAAUCUGCGGACGAUGAAGGAUGUGCAUCAAACAAAAAUUGUCAUUUGUGCAUACGAGAUAGAAAAUGUUUUUGGUGCAGUGGCGAAAACGUUUGCAAAAAGUUUUGUUUUUCAAAUAGGGGGUGUCAGUUAAGUUCGUCAUUUUGGUUAAGCUGUAAAGUUGACCUGUUUGGAUUCCUGAUGCUUCUGCUCAUUGCAAUAUUAAUUAUAUCAUUCAUUUGGUAUUGCUGCCUCCUUCACUAUUACCUGCAGGGGUAUGUUCAUUUCAUCCUUAUGCUGUUAGGAGACCACAGGGUUUUUUUAUUCACCAAGGAAAUUAUGGCAAGUAUUUUAAUUUAUUUGAUAUGA